AUGUCGUGGAACGCUGAGAUCCAAAAGAUCUUCGAUCGUGACGUCGGCGCUGCUUUUGAUGUUCUCGUGCCGGAGAUUGGCUUCAUCGGCAUCUCCACUGCCAGCAGCAUCAACGGCUAUUUUGCCACCAUGGUUGAGACACUGGAAGCAUGCGAUGCCUUCCAAGGUGUCGACAUCACCGAGCUACUCGACUGCAUUCGCCGCAUCCGCAACGACGUCGAGAACUCCAUGGCCAAGCACUGUCGCCUGCUCAAGUCGAUCCUCUCCCAGGUCCGCGCUUCCAUGCUAGUCGAUACCGAGAUUUCACUAUGCUCGGCUGCAAUGCAAGACACAUACAACGAGAUUGUGUCCAUGCAGUCCAUCAACUACCAGAAGACCAAUGCCAAGGGCAAGACCGUCACGCUCAAAAGCAAGGAAGCGCACAAGCAGCGUGCUGAUCGUGUGCGCAGCAAGCUCGUGGAAACGGAUGACGAGAUCGACGUCUUCUCCGAUAUUGCGGAGCGCGCGAAGGCGUCGCUGGACGCCAAAUUGGCGGAGUGGGUUGGUGAGGCUGAUAAAUUGCUUGCCGAAGGCUGUCAGAGCAUCAAGAACGAUUUCGAGCGUAGAUUCGCCUGGUCUGAGGAUGUCAAGCAAGAGGUUGACCCUGAAGCGGUGGAGACGCUGAAGAGGGCUGCUGGGGAUGCUCUGAUAGUCAUCGAGGGUGAGAUGAAGAGGCUGAUCGGGGAAUGCGAGGCCCAUGGUAGUGCAUCCUAG